CGUGAGCGAGUAGAAGCAGAAUAGCAUUCAGCUCCUGUUCACCGCAGAAGACGACUCAACAACUUAACGGCACUCUCCUGGAAAGCUGAAAACACACGGAGCCUCUUCAGUUUGCUGAUGGGAGAGAGAAAAGAAGUUUGCUUUCCUCCUCCUCCUUCUCUUCCUUCUGCUUCUUUUUUAGUUUUUUUCCUUUUUGGAAAGUGACAAGAUGUGGAGAUGUGCAGAAUGAAUGAUCAAGGUCUGUGAAGGAAGGAGAUCUGUGUUUAUUCAUGAAGGAUUUGAAGAGUGACUGACAUUUUCCACUGAGGGCUUAUGCAAGUACAAGGAGGAAAAAUGUAAGGAAUAUUUAAUUCUCUGGAGGUCUGACAUUGUUCUUAGUUACAGUGAACAAGGAAUACUUUCUUACUAUGAGUCAAGAAAUGCGAGUGAAGGAAGGAGACUGGAAAGUUAGUGACACAUACUCACACAUGUCAGAUAUCAUCAUGUUCAUCAUCCAUGUCUGUCGGCUGCCGACGCACUCUCACAGGUGCAGGGAUGAGUUGAGACGAGAGAGCGAGGACGCUUGAAGAUUUCCACACACAUUAGGAAACACGGACGUACAGCAUAAUGACAUCUGUGCAGGAGUGUCAGUUAGGAUAAACAAAUUCUGAACAUUCACACGUAAGUCAGGGUUUGUGUCAAACUGAUAACACCAGUGUGUCAUUAUACUAUUUAAGAAUGACCAUUCCAAGGCUAGAGGAUUUUUUUUAAUUUGUUUGUGUUCUCAUACUCCUUAAAGAUCAUACAUUAAAGACUGAAAAGAAACAAAGUUACUGAAUAACUGCUUCAACCAGGCAAUGAAAUUCUGAUUUGUAACAUUCCCGACUUCACAUGGACCUGAUAUUUUUAACAUGAACACAGCCUUGACUUCAAACUCCAAGGAGGAGAAACCUGCAAAUGCCAUCGCGCCAGCUUUGAGUGGAUUCUAUAAUCAGAAGAGAUGUUUUUUUUUCUAAAUCACUGAAGACAUGGGACCUAAAACAACUCUGUUCCGUUUGGGAUAUUUUGGGCAACGGAAUACUUUUGUUUCUUUGUUUUCACAGAGCCAGAUGACUCACUGUUGGCACAGUAAGGUUAUUAACCAAGCGAGAUAUCAUUUUUAAGCGUUUGGCAUUGUCCUGUGAGAUCAAACAGCUGCUCUUCUGGUUGCGCUGAAUUCAGCAGAAUGCUAUUUUUGUUUCCCCGUUAUGGAGAUGAUUUUUUGAUCCUCUGACAGUCAAUCCGGGGACUUUCUUCUUUUUUUAUUUGACAUGAUGGAGCAAAGAAGUGGUAAACCAUAUUAAAUUACAGGUUAAUUGCUCGAGUGAUGAACGGUGUUGUAUUUAUAAUAUUCAGAGCAACGGGAAUGGAAAACAAGUGAGCGAUGAACAGACUUUCCUCUUUUCUCCGCCACUCUGACCCACUUUCCAGGCAGCGGUCCUGAGCAUUUAUCGAGCUGACACCAUGAACCUGCAUGGUGGCAAUGUGUCAGAGUUGAUCUCUAACACUGUCACAGCCGUUACCACUCUGGGGUCUAACCCCUGGCCUCCACGCGAGGAAGGUGGCCUCCAAAGCGGCAAUGCCACGAACCCGGGCUGCCAGAGGAACAACGUGGUUCAUAAUGGCAAUGACGCACAGCUGGGGAACUGGUCUCACCAUAACGUGGUGGGAGUCUACGGGUCUCAGUGUCCUCCCUCGGAGCAGCUGAUGCAGAAAAACUGGGCAGCCCUGCUGAUUUUAGUGGUCAUCGCUGUCACAGUCAUGGGCAACAUCCUAGUGAUCCUGGCCGUCUCCCUGGAGAAGAAGCUGCAGAACGCCACAAACUAUUUCUUGAUGUCACUGGCAGUAGCUGACAUGCUUCUCGGCAUCUUGGUCAUGCCGGUUUCCAUGGUGACCAUUCUCUAUGAUUACGGUUGGCCCCUGCCCUCUAAUCUUUGCCCCAUCUGGAUCUAUCUGGACGUCCUGUUCUCCACAGCAUCCAUUAUGCACCUUUGUGCCAUUUCUCUGGAUAGAUACAUCGCCAUACGCAACCCAUUCCACCACAGCCGCUUCAAUUCUCACACCAAGGCCCGCAUCAAGAUCAUGGCAGUGUGGACCAUUUCAGUGGGGAUCUCAAUGCCGAUUCCUGUGCUGGGUCUCAGAGACCACUCCAAGGUCUUCAAAGAUGGCAGCUGUCUGCUGACAGAUAACAAUUUCGUGCUGGUCGGCUCCUUCGUGGCCUUCUUUAUCCCCCUCACCAUCAUGGUCGUCACCUAUUUCCUGACCAUCAAAGCCCUGCAGAACGAAGCCACCCUCUGCUUGGACCAGCUGGUCCCACGGCCCAAAUGGAGCACUACCUUCACCUUGAGCUUCUUUCCACAAACGUCUUUGUCCUCCGAGAAACUCCUCAGGCGAUCGAUAAGCCGUGACGCCACAAGCAGAGGGAGCACCGGCGGGCUGGGUGGCGCCCGCGGGAGCAUAUCUGGCUCUCUCUUUGGGCGCCGCACCAUGCAGUCGAUCAGCAACGAGCAGAAGGCUUCAAAGGUCCUUGGGGUGGUGUUUUUUCUCUUUGUGGUUAUGUGGUGCCCGUUUUUCAUCACCAACGUGCUGGUGGUGGUGUGUGAACCUGACGUUUGUGACCCGGGAGUCAUGGGAGGUCUGCUGAAUGUUUUCGUCUGGGUAGGCUACUUGUCCUCUGCAGUCAACCCACUGGUCUACACGUUAUUCAAUAAGACAUACCGCGCCGCGUUUCUGCGAUACGUUCGCUGCCAGUACCAGCCAGAGAAGAAACCUCUUCAGCUUAUACUGGUGAACACCAUCCCCCCACUGGCUUACAGCUCCACCCAGCUACCUUUGGGAGACAUCGGGAAGUUAGGAAAUGGAGUGGCACACUGUAGCAGUGGAGCAAAAGAGUUCUCUUCUCCUGGGCAGGAGACGGAAAAAUCCAGGCAGAACAAAAGCCACGGAGACAAAGACGAGAGCUGUGUGUGAGAAACUGAAACAAAAUCCUGGUUAAAGGGCAAUCCAGUGCAAGCAAUUUCAGUUUCCCCCCCUCUGUGGUUACAGUGUACUCAGUAGGAAAGGGUCUGAGAUCUCAAGUGCCAAAGACAAUGUGCCUCAAAGUCAGGGGUUCAGAAAUACAGAGGUCACUGAAAAAGCAGAAGAAGCCUUUAAAUGCUCAACAUUUCUACAACAGUUUCCUCAGAUUCACACAUCUUCAUCAACAGAUCAGGUGAACAAGGUCUGUGAUUGCUCCUCAAAAAUGUUGUAAACAAGCAUGUGCAUCACGGAUCAUCAUCCCCAUCUCCAGUCUCGCUGCUCUUUCACAAUCUUUUGUACACUGCCACAAAAGACAAAAUUACCCUUGAAAAACAUAUCAAUUUAUUUUUUUUCACCAAACAAUCUUUGAACGUUAUCUUCCAGUCUGAGAGCCAAAUCAGAGAGAUGAAAAGACGGUACCGUCCGUGUGGAUGAUGUGAAACACAGUUGGGCACAUCCCAACAAAACAGCUCUAUUUUGUUACAACACUUUGGACAACAAGGGUGAAAAAGUCAGACAUUGUUAACAUAACUACAUUUUCCAUGGAUGCUCAGCUGCUCUAACCUCAGCUGCCCCUUCAUUUUGCCACCUCCCUGGCAUCAGUCAUGUGGUGUCUACCUUCCAUCAUACCUUUGGGUGGAUCAGUGGGGAUUAGACUGGAUUUCCUGCCACCUUAUCAGAUGAUAGUGUUGGGAGGAGGAAGAGCCAGGACGAGCCUAAUGCACCAGAACUCCAGACACUUGCAGAGGUCAGAUGAAGCUGUCAAAAGGAGAUGAAAAAAAAACUUCCACUGCUUCUGUAUUUUAUGUUGAAAACAACAACAGGAAGAAUAUGUCUGAGGCAGACAUUCACUAAUUAGAGAGAAUCCAUAAAUGAUUCUAUAUUUGUAUUUUGUGCAGAUUUGUGAAUAAAUGUAUAUGACUGUCAAGGUUAAAUAGAUUUUAUAUGCAAAUGAGAGGAUGAUUACUGAGGCUGACAUGCUGCAGGAUGAGUACAGCAGAGUAGAAGACAUCUGAUUGGCAGGAAAAAGUGUAUUUAAGUGCAGUUGUAUCCACUGUAAAGGUCAUAGUUUAUAUUGUGUUCAAGCCAAACUAUC